UCUGGCUGCCCAGGCGGAGGGGCUGAGAGAGCGGGUAGGUUGGGCGCCUGCAGAGUCAGCUAGCAGACGGGAGUCGGACGCCAGGGACUCGGGACUUCCUCGAGCUAUGAAAGCUACAUAGUAGAAAGCCAUGAUGCUGCUUCUGUCCGGCAUGUGAUGAAGAUGAGAGUUUGACUUUGGAGUGCUGGGAACCUGAGCACUUGCUGAGGACACAGAGCCCAGCCCUGACCACUAGAGAGCCCACAACACAAUGAACAAAUUGAACUUUCAUAACAACAGAGUCAUGCAAGACCGCCGGAGUGUGUGUAUUUUCCUUCCCAAUGAUGAAUCUCUGAACAUCAUCAUAAAUGUUAAAAUUCUGUGUCACCAAUUGCUGGUCCAAGUAUGUGAUCUGCUCAGGCUAAAGGAUUGUCAUCUCUUUGGACUCAGCGUCAUACAGAAUAAUGAACAUGUAUAUAUGGAGCUGUCACAAAAGCUUUAUAAGUAUUGUCCAAAGGAAUGGAAAAAAGAGGCCAGCAAGGUACGACAAUACGAAGUCACUUGGGGUAUUGACCAGUUUGGGCCUCCUAUGAUUAUACACUUUCGUGUACAAUACUAUGUGGAAAAUGGCAGACUGAUAAGUGACAGAGCAGCAAGAUACUAUUAUUACUGGCACCUGAGAAAACAAGUCCUUCAUUCUCAGUGUGUGCUCAGAGAGGAGGCCUACUUCCUGCUGGCAGCCUUUGCCCUGCAGGCGGAUCUUGGGAACUUCAAAAGGAAUAAGCACUAUGGAAAAUACUUUGAGCCUGAAGCUUACUUCCCCUCUUGGGUUCUUUCCAAGAGGGGGAAGGAGUACAUCCUGAAGCACAUUCCAAACAUGCACAAAGAUCAGUUUGCCCUGACUGCCUCUGAGGCACAUCUGAAAUACAUCAAAGAGGCUGUUCGACUGGAUGAUGUUGCCGUUCAUUACUAUAGACUAUACAAGGAUAAAAGAGAAAUUGAAGCUUCAUUGACCCUUGGAUUGACCAUGCGAGGAAUACAGAUUUUUCAGAAUCUAGAUGAAGAGAAGCAACUACUUUAUGAUUUCCCCUGGACAAAUGUUGGAAAGUUGGUGUUUGUGGGAAAGAAGUUUGAGAUUUUGCCUGAUGGCCUGCCCUCAGCCAGGAAGCUCAUCUACUACACGGGGUGCCCCAUGCGCUCCAGACACCUCCUGCAGCUUCUGAGCAACAGCCACCGCCUCUACAUGAACCUGCAGCCUGUCCUGCGCCACAUCCGGAAGCUGGAGGAAAAUGAAGAGAAGAAACAGUACCGAGAAUCAUACAUCAGCGACAACCUGGACCUGGACAUGGACCAGCUGGAGAAGCGGUCACGGGCCAGUGGGAGCAGCGCGGGCAGUGUGAAGCACAAGCGCCUGUCCCGUCAUUCUACCGCCAGCCACAGCAGCUCCCACACCUCAGGCAUUGAGGCUGACACCAAGCCCCGGGACACAGGGCCAGAGGACAGCUACUCAGGCAGCGCCAUCCACCGCAAGCUGAAGACCUGCAGCUCCAUGACCAGCCACGGCAGCUCCCACACCUCAGGGGUGGAGAGUGGCGGCAAAGACCGGCUGGAAGAGGACUCACAGGAUGAUGAAAUAGAGAUGCUGGUGGAUGACCCCAGGGAUCUGGAGCCAAUGCAUGAAGAGUCUCUGGAAGUCAGCCCUGACAUGUGCAUCUAUAUUACAGAGGACAUGCUCCUGUCCAGGAAGCUGAAUGGACACUCUGGAUUGAUUGUGAAAGAAAUUGGUUCUUCCACCUCCAGCUCUUCAGAAACAGUUGUCAAACUUCGUGGCCAGAGUACUGAUUCUCUUCCCCAGACUAUAUGUCGAAAACCAAAGACUUCCACAGAUCGUCAUAGCUUGAGCCUUGAUGACAUCAGACUUUACCAGAAAGACUUCCUGCGCAUUGCAGGUCUGUGUCAGGACACUGCUCAGAGUUACACUUUUGGAUGUGGCCAUGAACUGGAUGACGAGGGCCUCUACUGCAACAGCUGCUUGGCUCAGCAGUGUGUCAACAUCCAAGAUGCUUUUCCAGUCAAAAGAACCAGCAAAUACUUUUCCCUGGAUCUCACUCAUGAUGAAGUUCCAGAGUUCGUUGUAUAAAAUCCACCUGCCAGCCAUCAUUGCAGACAGUUAGCUUGCUGUCUGCUACAGACUGUGGAAGUCCUGGCUUCUUUACAGAUUACUUGUGCCAUAUUUUCUUCACCCCAAACAUAGCUCUUUCUUUAUAAUAUUUGUGAUGGAAACAAAAGCCUUGGGACAAUUGCACUUUAAGUAUUAUGCAGAGGUAAAGGAACUACCGAGAAUGUACAGCAAGACAAGUGCCCAGAUGUGUGUUGACCCUUCAGAGGAAAAUGUGCUUUAUUGAUUUACCGAGCCUUACGCUGUGGGGCUUUGGUGUUUAUUCAGCUGUUAUUUUUCAGUUCAAUUACAUUUUUUUAACUUUGUGAAAGAUGUCUAGACUAAUUUGUUUUCUUGUAUAUAUGUUUUUUUACUACUCCCUUGUGAAAUGCUCAUUAUUUGAGGGAGGAGUGAGGGAAGAUCUUCUCUUCUUUGAAUGGAGAGAUGAUUGCUUAAUAUAGAGUUGUUGCUGCCUCACAAGCUGUCCCAAAGUGAACACUGACGAAGUGGUCGCGAUCUCGUGGUUCUAGCAAGCCAAAGAUGCGGAAGUAACAGAAGCCCCCGCUCAGAGCAAGAGAAGAUGUGGAUUAAGCAAUGACCAGAAGACAAACUGCAGUGCUGCCUUGUGACGCCUCUUCACCCAUCCGUGCCACAGUCUCCUGUUGCUUUCCAGAAAGAUCUAGAGUUCAGUUGAGUUCCUCACCUAAGUAACAAAUGUGCUAUAUUCACAGCAGUGCAUUUUGUGGGUUUACAAACCUGGAAUUUGUCAGAAUGAUAGAAAGUUAGAAAACGUUUGUGCGUGAUGGUGUUUGGUUUGUGUUGCUUUUCACUUAUCAAGAACAAAUUAUAGUAAUGCUAGUUUCUUCUUGAUCAAAAUACUCUGUGUAUGAGUCACACAUACGUAAAUCUGUGGGACUGUGUGUGCUUGUUUCAGGCUCACUGACUCUUCGUUUCAGCUUCCACGACUACCUUGCAUUACAUGAGUCCUUGAAUGGCCUUGAGACUGUGUUGCUGAGUGAAUAAUGCCUAGACAAUCACUUGAUAUGUGCAGUUAAGAAUGAUUUCUUUCUCAUGUGCCUUGGGCCAUGAUUCGCAACUCUUACUGCAUAGUAGGGUUAUUUGAGGAGCUUUAAAAAAAAAGAAAAACUUAAUACCUAGGCACCACUCCCAACCAAUGAGAUCAGCUGAUUGUGGGUGGGACCCAGGUAAAAUGGCCCUUUUUCCUUUCAAGUUUUUUUCCAUGGAGCUAAUAUGCAACAUAGCUGAAGACCACUGAUGCAGAGGGUGUUGUUUUGUUAAUUUUGAAAUCCAAGUAUAUAGAAAAUGCAGCUGAAUUGAAAAGGACCAUUUGUUAGACAGCUACUACAGUGCUGCUGUGGCUGUCGAUGAUGAAAUCAGGUCAGGAGGAUGAAGGCUCAAUCUGUGUUGGACAGUGAAAACGUUGCUCGAAUUUCAGGAGAGAACUUCAUAGCACAGUGUCUUUCUAUGAGAUAUUUUUAAUGAUUUACUAUUUUGCAACAUUUGUUUACCAUAUUUUGAUAUACCAUUUUUGCUAUCUGCCAAGUUUUAUUAAAAAAGAACUAUAUAUUAUUUUCUAAAGAAACUGUCAUAUUUUUGUACAAAAUUCUGUUUUCAUAUAACAAAGAAGUAGAUCUAGGGUACCGCAGAACAUAGGCAGUGUUACUGUGGAUGGGAGUCAGUAUUACUGAAAAAGAGGUGCCCCCCCCCCAUGCUGCCUCUGAGCAUGUUACAUAAUCAACAGAACCUGACACUUUAAAAAGGAGAACAAAGUUCUGUAUAGUUCUAUGUUGAUGCAAUUUUUUUUUGUAAAAUGCUUUAAAAGAACCAAAGUUUGAGAUAUCAGAAUGUAUAAAAGUAUCUCAGUCUCUGUAAGAGGGAAUAAAGUAUGAGGGAUCAUUUAAUGGCUAUUCUACUUCUAAGUCAUUAAAUAAUCCACCAUUUCCUAUAGAUCCUGGUGAAGUUUGUAUUGUACAGAGCCCAGGUAAUAAAUAACUCAGUGCAUUUCCUUAGCUCUUAGUUUAGUAUAAAGAACAAAGAAAACAUUAUUUAAUUGAACAGGUAGUGCUUUAUACUUCAUUUUCUCUCAACUUCAGCCAGAACCAGGUUUUCAGGGCUUUGCCAGUAUUGUUGGUGGUUUUGCACACCCUCUUUCUAAUUGGAUUUGUGAAUAAUUUUAGAGGUUUUCAAAAGUAAAAGAUGCAAAGGAACAUUUUCACCUUUUGAUCCACUAUUUGCAGCAAGACAUAUAUGUAUAUAUAUGAAAAUCCCCUUUGAAUAAUUACAUUUUUGUAUUUGGAGAUUGUUUUAAAAAAUAAAGGAAAAGAAAAGUAUGAAGCUGUUAUUUAUUCUGCAUUGGUUACAUAUCCAUUGCUAGUAUACCAAUUUGGUAUGUGUUGCCUCUACACAUCGUCUACAAUUGUAUUUGCAACAAUGAGCUUUAUAUCUACAUUUACUGUAAAUAAUCCUUUCUGUGAAAGGAUCAUCAUAUGGGGAUGAUACCAAAAAUAUGUAAAAAGAGACUGCAUUAUUUUGUAAUUAUUUCUUAUAGGUAUUUCAUGGUAAGAAUAGUAGUCAAUAAAGUUACUUUCAUUGUCUUUAAAAA